CGCUGCUUUGGCUCCACACUCUGACUGACUGACUGAUACGGUAACCUGUGAGCGCGUGAUGCUGGAGCGUCUAACGCUCACAUUUUAAGAAGAAAACAAACCCGGGCGGAUGGAUCUUUCACGAAAUAUAUUUUAAUACAGUUAACCGAGACGUUUCCUAUCGCGACUGAUCUGAAUGUUUCAGUCGGACGAGCUGAAGCGAACGCGGAUUCCACGCGCAGAGAAUCAAAGUCUCACGAACGCGCCGUAUAGCUGCGAAAACAUGGAUGUUCUGGCCAACUACAGUAUUUUUCAAGAACUUCAACUCGUUCACGACACCGGUUACUUCUCAGCGAUGCCGUCGCUGGAGGAAAACUGGCAGCAGACGUGUUUGGAGUUGGAGCGCUACCUUCAGACGGAACCAAAGAGGUUCUCCGAUCUCUUCGACGAGGAACUAGACGACCUUCUCACCCCGUCAUUUAUGAAGGAAGACAGCGAGGAAGAUCUGUUAGACCCUGUCCUACCCAGCCUGAACGAGCCUCCUAGCCCACCUCCUUCUCAUCUUACUCCACGUAAAGAACCCAUCUCUUCCUCCUCCACUAAAGUGACAUCUCCAGAUAUCACCUUAGGGGUCAACGCUGCCCAGCUGAACGCCGUCACGUCUCUAACACCACCCUCAUCCCCGGAACUGGGUCGUCACCUGGUCAAACCCACCCAUACCCUCAGUGCCUCACCCGACGGGACCCUCACGCUCAAGCUGGUUGCCCGAAAGGUGGGGUUGAGCACCGCCAAGCUGGUGGCGGCCCAUCCUGUACCGCUCUCUCCGCAGAAUGGAAACAGUGGGGCGCAGAGCGAUGGGGAACAGGGGGGGACCUGCUCCAUAGGAGCUGGUGAGAUGGCGGAAAACAAGAAGAGAGUCCAUCGCUGCCAGUUCAAUGGCUGUCGGAAGGUCUAUACUAAAAGCUCACACUUGAAGGCACACCAGAGGACACACACAGGAGAGAAGCCGUACAAGUGCUCAUGGGAAGGCUGCGAGUGGCGUUUCGCGAGGAGCGACGAACUGACGAGGCAUUAUCGCAAACACACCGGCGCCAAGCCUUUCAAGUGCAAUCACUGCGACAGGUGUUUCUCUCGAUCCGACCACUUGGCAUUGCACAUGAAGAGGCACAUCUGAGGAGGAAGAGGCCAAAGGGUGAGGUGGAGGAAGAGACAGAGAGGAGGUAGAGGGAGAGAAAGAGAGAGAACGAUUAUAAGAAGGUACCGGAUAAACCGCAGGCCGUUCGCCCAGCCCAACAGCGCAGGGCCCUCGAGAGACCGAUAGAGGGCCACAACCAACUGACCGGCACGGGAGGCGCUUAAAAAUGUCUCGAGGUUUGGUUAGCAAGAUCUGAAUCGCGUCUGCUAACCACGUGGACGUUUAUCUGAUCAACUGUGCGGACUACACUUUAUUAGGUAUUUGCAUACUAUUUGAAACAUCAUUGACUGAUUCAGUUUCUACUUCUACCAUUUUCCUACAUCUCCAAGAUGAUUCAUUUUUGUCUAUCUAGUUAGAGUGCAUCUUAUGCAUACUAUGACAGAUUUUAUAUUAUGGAAGUACACAAACCCAAUUAAGAUGCAGCUCCUUGGAAACUUUGGAGAGCAUCACUCCGAAGAGACACGAUUUGUUUGUUUUUCCAUUUUGAGCGAGGAUUAUCUUUCCACCUUGAUCCCGCCACAGCCAAGAUCAAGUGGAAUGGAGAAAGCUGGCGACAAAGUGGAAUUGUCUAUUUUUCUGCUCAAAUGUGAAUCUGAUUGGACGCAGCGGGUCUUACGUUCUUCGUGCGUGGACAAAUCUCUCUCUUUCAAGUCCCCCCUGCCAACCAAUAGCUGCGCAGCGACACUUUGUGACUUUUUAUAAAGAAGAAAAUAAGGCAGAGAUCUUUUUGAACGGUGACUGGGUUAUAUAUAAUUCAUAAGACAUGUUUUGCGUUUCUCCUGUGGAUGUGUACAAAACAGAAAAAAAAAGGAAAAGAAAUGGACCAAAAAGACCGCCACAUGCACAAGGGAAGAACAGCGGAUUCUACACUGGCAUAGACGGCAAUUGUGGGACUUCAUUUCAAAACGCAAACUUUUAGUCACGAUAAAAAGAAAAGCAAGGUUGUUGUUGCACACGUUUUGAGCAUUCCUCAACAUUAUUUGAAACUUUCUCUCAUAACCUCGAUUACUUUGGGAAUUUAGGACUAGCAUGAAAGGAGAAAGCGCUGUGGUUUGUGUGCAAACUUCGCAAUCGAAUAACACUUCCGUUACAAUCAAGACGGCAGAGUUUUGCGCUCACAACAUUUCGAUUUUAUAAACGUAUCAAAAUAUGUGCAUUUUACAUCUGUCGGUUUAGUACAGAUGGAUAAAAUCGUUUUAAGAAAGGUGUCCGUUGUGUGUUUUAAUAGUUUACUGGCUCAACAGGUGAUAUUUUACACUUAUAACACAUCUGCAUUUUCAGACUUCGUGGCGAAGUUUAGAUGUUACCGAUUUUUACUUUUUAAGUUACUGUCUGCCUUGUUUUGCAGGUUAAAAUGGCUGUACACUUUGAAAAUUGUAUAGUAAAAGCAAGACUUAAAUUACGUACAAUCAUCCAUGGGAUCAAGCACUUUUAAAGAAAAGUGUUAUUGUAAGGUUGUUUGAUUCUGGAUGGCCCUGCAGCUAUGCAAUCAUCGAAUCAGCUGUACGGCUCAAUCUGCCCACGACAGAUCUAGCAAAUAUUUGUUUUUAAAGGAACAGUUCACCAAAAAAUGCAUUAUUUACUCUCCUUUCAUUCCAAACCUGAUCUUUUAAUCCUACGAUGAAAAUGUCAAAAGAAAUCCACACAAUUUGUGAGCUUUUCCAAGUCUUUAAAAGCCAUGCAAUAGCUUUGUGUGAGAAAGACCGAAAUUUAAUUUGCAUGAUGUGGCAUACAAAUAUGGCACUUCAAGGCACUAAAGAUGCUUGAAAACAAAUUGACAUCCAAACUCUUGUGUUUUCUCCGUUUUGGGUGCUGUCUCGGGAUGCAAUCCCUUUAGUUCCCGUCAAACUCAAUCAUAUUAAAGGGACACUUUACUUUUUGUGAAAAUAUGCUUAUUUUUCAGCUCCCCUAGAGUUAAACAUUUGAUUUUUACAGUUUUGGAAUCCAUUCAGCCGAUCUCCGGGUCUGGCGCUACCACUUUUAGCAUAGCUUAGCAUAAUCCAUCAAAUCUGAUUAGACCAUUAGCAUCGCGCCCAAAAAAUAACAGAAGAGUUUCAAUAUUUUUCCUAUUUAACUCAUUCACCGCCAGCCUUUUUGAGAAAAGUUGCCCACCUGCAUUUUUGUGAUUUUAACAAAAUUUUCACAAAAUUCCUUGCAAGAAAAAAUAUUUUCAUUAUAUAUUUACUUUUUCUACUUAAUUUAACCAUUGAAAUAUGGAUAUUUCUCAUAAAAAAUACAACAUUUUGAGCAAAAAGCUUAAAAAAUUGCGUUUUUGUAAAGGAAUUCAUGUUAGAGAUCAGACUCGGAAUGACUAUCAAACAUAAAGGCAGUUAAAAUAAAUCAUUAAAUCUUUUUAACUUCCGUUUUUGAUAAAUUCGGUAUUAAACUUUCACUUUGAAAUUCGUCCAGAAAGGCAUAUUUAUUAGUUAAAUAUUAACUCAUAAAUGACGAGAUAACUCGUCAAUGGCGGUGAAUGAGUUAAAGGGACAAUAAGUAGGAUUUACCCCCAUCUAGUGGUGAAAUUGUAUUUUGCAUUCAAAUGAACAGUGCUCUCUAGCGCCUCGCUUUUCCAUAUGCGUGUUGCAACUACGGUAGCCGUGUUAUAAUCACUGAUCUCCUUGUCCGAGUUCACGUGUUCUGAAUGAAAACGGGUUGUGGAAACGCGUUGGUAGGCUACUUUUUGUCCCUUUCUGCUAUUAUAGUUUAUCAGUAUCGCGGAACGACAUGGAAGCCUCCUUGGACUUACCCGUUCAAUUAAAGUAAAGAGAAGAAAUUCUAAGCUUACAAAGAAAAGUCAGAUCACUGGCAGAGGUCAUUUGACACCAACGAGGACAUAUCUAUGAAUAAAGACAUUGAUUUUGAUUAAUAAAACACUUAAAACCCUACUUACUGUCCCUUUAAAACUUGACUCUUCUGUAGUUACAUUGUGUACUAAGACCGAUGGAAAAUUAAAAGUUGCGAUUUUCUAUUAGCUAUUGAAAGUUAUUCUUAAAAGAAGAAUAAAAAAGUGUGUCCUUUUAAAAUUAACAUUCUCAACAUUUUUCAAAAAUUAUAGCGAGUAAAUGACUGAACAUAAUUUUGGGUGAACUGGCCCUUUAAGGACUCCAAGAUCCUUUUACAGAAUUUGUUGUGACGUAAGCCAAUCAGAAUGUCAGUGAGGGGUCGGACAGUUGGACUUAGAGACCCAUAUUUGAAGAAUAAAUAGUAAAUGAGCACAACCAACCUAGGUUUUAACUUUUUAACCAUUGCAGACAACCCAUACUGUAUAUAAACGAUACGGCUAAGGGUUAUUUUGAUGCUUGGGAACACAUAACGUACAUCGAGGGGUUUUUAGACAUAUUUCAACAAAUCAGUUCAAAAUUAAAUUAUAUCCUAAAUCUUUACAUAAAAUAACACCCAUUUGGCUCAUUUUGACCACCCAGUCAUCUGUCUAUAUCGUGCUUCUCGCUCGCUCACUUACGUGAACCAACGGGAGAAACAUUUGACAGAAAGGCAGUAUGGGUAAUGAGAAAUGAAUUGGGCUCUCCCGGCAGCGGCCAGCCCUGGUCGCCCCCUCAAUGGGGUGGAACGGAGUGGCACCACACUGGGGUCGCACACAGCGCUUAUGCUGACCACGACAUCUUAUCACAACUGCCCGACACAGUCAAUUUCACCCGUGUAGCCGGGUGUCGGCUAACCUCCUUCCCCGGAGCUCCGUGUGGAAUAACAAAGACACGAGAUGGGAGGAAUCCGGGGCAGGCGAGCCGAGCAUAUGCACAUAGUCUGCUUCCUGGAAGAUUUCGACAUGAAAAGCAACACUUAAUGGACUAAAUCACAAUCUUUUCAAAUUGUUGUCUAGUAAAAGCAAGCGAAACGUAAUCAUGGGCUAUGCAGACAAAAUGCGAUUUUUGGUGAUACCUCAUACUAGAGACGAUGCAAGAAUUUUGUAUGCUUAACUGUGAUGCAUAAUUCAAAUCAAAUUUGAAACACCGAAGAGUUGCAUAAAGCAUUUAUGAAGAACACGUCCAGGUCACAUUUCAAUCAAAUAAAAUGCUUUCGGUUUAAUGAUUAUUUGGGAGACCACUACGAUGUUUUGCUUUUUCGAUGACAAUAAUGUACC